AUGGACGAUGGUAACUAGAAAAAGAAUAAGUUCUAGUAGUUUUAUACCUAGCUGAGAUCUAAUUUCUUCAAUAUCAUGUUUGAGUUAUUGAAGGAGAAAAAUACAGGCCAAUUUUUCGGAUGCUUCAUUAUACUUGUUAUGUUUAUUUAACUGAUUGGUUUGCUGUUUGAGCUAGAGAAAUUCGAGUGGAAAGAUCAGUUCUUUCUGACUACUGUGGUCUCAAUUUGCAGCUAUUCAAGAAUCAUUAAAGCUAUCAACGACACUGAAUCUCUAUUUUUCUAUUGGGCAUUAAUGUUCUUCGGUAUAUUUUACUUAGUAGCUAUAAUGGCGCUUCUAAUUUAUAUGAAUUACUUUCUUAAGAACAGAAAGCACUACAUGGAGUAAGUAGUAAAGAUACUUCGGAUAAUGCUGCUGCUUCUAUUUUGGAUCUUUUACAUGCCCUUUUAUGAGUCCUUUAUCUCGAUUAUGAAUUGCCAGAACGGCAUGCAUUACUUGGACAAAUCACUUGAGUGCUACACAGGGAUUCACAUCUUCUACUUCGUUCUAUGCAUAAUCUUCAUAGUGCUACUAUUCUGCAUUAACAUUAUAAUUGCUAUGCUAUACAAUGAAACUUAGCCUGUACAGGAAGAUUGUCUAAGUAGGCUUGAGAGUAGCUUUGAGGUAGCCCUUGUGAUAUAUAGAAGUAUUGUAGCCACAUUUUCCAAUUUUUGUGGGAGUGAAGUUUGCAGCUGGGUGCACAUAUCAGUUUAUAUCAUAUCAAGUGGUAUGCUUUGUUAUCAGUACUACAAGUAGAUACCCUACUAUAACAAAUUCGUCAGCAUUUUUUGCGGUAGUUUAAUUUUCAUCUAUUUCUGGGUAUCAAUUAAUGCCUUACUUAUGAAACUAUUGGAAGUUAACGGCCACCUUGUUAUAAUCUUUAUAGGUAUCCCCUUCAUUACACUUCUAGUGAUAAAUCUCAGAGAGAAACGUAUAGAAGGGUUAAUGAUGACUAAUAUUGAUAAGCUGAAGGUUGAUAUUGAUUCUUUAAUCUAAGUGCAUAACAUGACCGACUUCUCCAGAGGCAUAGAAAAGGAUUAGGCUUAACGAAUGGCAAUGAUCGGUAUAGUUAAUCUUCAUAUUGAUGAAUGCUAAAAUUCAGAUUGCCCCUGCAAAGAAGAGUAUGAACUCUAUGACAUUCACACUAGCCAGUUCUCUGAUAGGAACCGCAACUCCCCACAUUCAGACGAAGUAUUUUUGAACCAUUUUAUAAAGAGAUUAUAUGAGGAUGCUUUGAAUAAGUUCAUAAAUUCACCAAGUAUUCACAUUGCCUUUGCUUUUUACUUAUUCAAAGUAAUGAAAAAUAUUCAUGCUUCACUUGUGGAAUUAAACAUCGCAAUCAAAAAGAAGCCAUCACUUUAGCAAUAAUUUACUAUAUUCCGAUAUAAAAACAUCAUCGAAGAGUACAUCAUUCAAGACCAUAAUGAACAUAAGCAGGUCUACCCUGAGCUGACUAAUGUAAUCGAGUUUGAAAGACUUUUUGGAGAGAUGUAAAAGUCAAUUGAAAAGGUAUGUAACCUUCAGGUUGAGUUUUGGACUCAUUUGACUACAGUAGUUCCAGAUCUAAACAUUCUUAAUGAACUAGGCAAAAAGAUAUAUGAUGCCUCCUAGGAGACAGAUUAGUUUUGGAAUUAGCUUUGUAGGAUCAACCCUAAUUAUCAACAGGCUCUGAACAUCUAUGGAGAAUAUCUGAGAGAGAUUAGGAACCACGAGCAUCUGGGCAACAGCUACCUUGAGAAAGCUUUUAACUCGGUUAAUGCUAAGAAGUCAGUGGACGAGCAUGCAAAGUCCUCAGAUGUCCUGUUCAGUUCAGACACAACUGUUAUUCAUAUAAGUGGCAAUAAAGAGUCUAUUGGUAAAAUAUUAAAGACAAGUCAGGGUCUGCAAACAGUGUUUGGCUAUAGCAAGACUGAGGUUAUUGGCCAUUCUAUUAACAUACUCAUGCCAACUAUGUUCGCCAAGAAACAUACAGACUUCAUGGAAAGAUUCUUCAGGACUGGAAGAUAAGUCAUAUUCUACACCGAGAGAUCUUUGUUUGCUACUCAUAGAAAUGGACAUUGUUUCUAAAUGAAAAUACUAGUUAAAUAGAUGCCAUCACUGCAGGAAGGCAUCCAGUACGUUGGAAUGAUCAAACCUCUUACCUCAGACUUUGAGUAUAUGAUUACAGAUAUGGAUGGAGUGAUUGAUUCAUUCACUAAAGGAAUUACAGGCAUGCUUGGUCUUACUCCUAAUCUAUUUAAGGACAAGGACUCGCAAAUAAACAUCUAGAUCUUAGCCCCAGAGCUUAUAGCCUUUUUCCUUGAAACUUAACAGAAAGGCAGACCAGCUAAGUCUAGAUACAGAGAAUAGGGAGGAGACUAGAUCACUUUAAUAGUACCUUAGAAUUUCCAUAUGAUUUGCAAAUCGGAGUCAAAGUAGAACACCAGAGGUAAUCCAGGACAGAGCAGAUCUAAAGGCAGGGGCAUAUCAAAUGCUAAUCGAGGCAGAUCAACGAUAUUCAAGUAAUUCCUUAAAGUACUUGCUAAGCCUAAGAAAUUCCAAAGAGACAAGAUGCCAACUUCUAAGUAAAUACUCUUACAGCCUGAAUAUAUGCAAUGUGAAAGGAAAAAGGAGGUACAGUGUGAAAUCACAUGCUUAGAGUUCAAGGCGACGACUUCAGAUGCAGUCAAGAUGUUUAUAUUUAAGUUCUCCAAAUCCGAGAAGAAUUAGGAAAAGAAGAAGAGCAAUGAUCAACUUGCACAUUUUAUUGAGAACAUGGACAUUGAAAGAAAGUAAAAUCAAAGAGAAGAGAGCGGAGCAUAUGAGGAGUUUAAGAGGCAAAGUGUGAAUGAGGAAGAAUAUGUGCCUAACUUAUUCAAGUAAAGACAAGCAUCUGAAAAUCCAUAUACUAAUGAUUUGAAUGUUAAGAACUAGAAGAACGAUAGUAGCCGUAGAGUUGCUUUCUAGUCCGACAAGAGAUUUGAAAUUAUGGAUCCAGAGCCCAAGAACAUACAAUCGCACCGAUCUGGUAAAUCUAUAUUGUCAAAACAGUAGUCCUCACAUGAGAGCAAUGUUGUGAAGGGGAAUAACAAUAUUUUUUCUCUUAAAGAUUUACCUAAUUAGCAAUAAAUUGAGAGUGGUAAUUUUAAUAUGAAGGACUUCAAGCAAUCUACUGAGCAAAUAAAUAAUAAUGGUAAAAGUAAAGACUCCUAGUAAUAGAUUUUUGAAGACAAAAAGGAAGAAGAAGAAGAUGAAGAAAGCGAGGAGCAGAUGCAAUUCCAACCUAUUUAGUCUAAUUAGCAAGUCUAGCAGCCAGAGGAUAACCAAUCGGAUAUUGAGACACCAAGACUUGAUCUCUCUGGCAUAAAGCUGGAGUCAGCUUAAAAAGAAAAGACUAGCUUCCUCGAAGAACUUAAGAAGCAAAGUUUUGUGCUAUCAGAGAACUCUACGCAGAAAAUAGAGCCUAAAGAGAGUCUAAAUAUUAGUAGUCAGCUUAAGAAUGAGAGGCCUUCUCAAGAUAAAAGCAAUCAAUAGCAAAGAUCUCUUAAUAGCCUGUCAAUUCUUCUAUAGCCUGAUUAAAUGGUCAAAAAGCAGAAUAUGAACAAUAUCAAUAAGAUAUUCGAAGGAGAUGAAGCAGAGCCCUAAGAUAGUUAGAGAAGUAUAAAAUCAGAGUCAGAGUAGUAGCUACAACAGUAGGACUAGGAUGAUAGUGAGAGUAGCAGUCAUGCUGAGGGUUCAUAUCAUCCUUAAAGCAUUCAAAAGUCCUCAAAGAAGAAAAGCGGUAAUUCAGCUUCGGAGUAAAUAUCUGAGCACAGUGAUGAGGAGGAUGAAGAGCAAUCGUCAUCUCACUUAAAAUCCUCCAAUUCCCGGUCAAGUCACAAUGACCGUGGAAGUAAAGAGAGGAAUGAGUCUCAACCACUAUUAAGUUAGAGAUAGCCAUCUGCAUACGGCCCUUCAAAGUUUGCUGCUCAGUAAUAGAGAACUCCUAAUAUGGAAGAUAUGAAGAGAAACUUUGGCCAUGACGAGGAUGAUGAUGAUCAACAUCACAAUUAAUAUGAGGAAGUUAAAAGGGCUCAGGAGUCUCAGUACUCGCCUUAGAAGAAUAAUUUCAUGAAAGUAAACCAAAUGCAUGAAAAUAACACAUCAGAUGAGGAAGAUGAUGACCCAAGAAAUGAUUCAAGAAUUAAGAAAUUUUAAAAGAGAGAUACAAACAAGAUUAAAACUAAUCCAAAGUACAGAUGCCUUGAUGAAGGCUCUGAGGAUGAGAAUGCAGUCUCAAAGAAUAACCUUAAUGACGAUGCAUAAGCGUAAAGUUCAAAGGAGAUCCAGUUUAGAGAGAACUUCCUUAGGUUUGAAAGAAGAAAGAAGCGUAAGGAGAGGAAGCAAAAGGAAAAGGAACUCAAAAAGAUUAAGGCUUUGAAUGGAGAAGACUCUUCAAUGGGUUCAAUGGAUGAUGGCACAGGUGGAAGAGCCACACCAGGUACUUCAACUGGCGAUGGUGAUGACGAUGAUGAUUCAUCAUCUUCUUCUUCAUCUUCUUCUAGUGAAGAGACCAAGGACUUGAAUUAGAAUAACAGAGUCAAAAGAGGACCGGGAAACCCCCAGAGUCAGAGAAAGAAGGAAAAGAAGUCUGAGAAUAAUGAUGACGGUGAUGUGAGUUCAGUAACAACGAGGCAAAACAAAACUGAAAGAUAUCAUUAUAUACUUCGAAUGGCUAUUGACGAGAAGUAUGUUCCUAGUUCAAUUUCAAACAUCAGAUUCGCUGCUUACUUUAUAUUUACCAUACUCACAGUGCUAUCAAUUGCAUUUUAUGUGAUCUAAACUAAUUUAUUUGACAAGAUGAGUUAGAAUAUCAAGAAUAUUCACAAUUCGGAACAAAGAUUGAAUUAUAUCAUUGAUAUCACUUUAAGGACUAGAACUCUUGUAAUUGCAAAUUAAGGGCUUUUGGAUUUGAAUGCAAGUGAAACAGCAAAACUAAUAAAAACAACUUAAGAUGAGUUAAAGUCAUCUGCAACUAAACUCAAAGAUGCUUAAGCAGAUUUAUCUCUUUAGACAUCAACACUUUCCACAGCCUAAAUUUAAAAGAUUAAUCCGAAUGACAUCGAGCUUGUUUACAAGUAAUACCCUGACAUGCCUUCAAAAUACUUUUUUUCAAUAUGGGAAGCCAUUAUGGAACUAGUAGUUAGUGCCUAUAGAUUAUCAACUAUGCCAAUCAGCACGAUAAUAGAUACUUAGCAUACGGUUUACUUUGUAAUUUAAAAUUGCCUGAAUAAUGUACUUGUUGCUUUGAAAUCUUCUACGGAUGCCAUAGUCAAUGAGUCGAAUGACUCUCGAGAGGAAAAUAUGAAAAUAUUCCUUUAUCUACUCAUUACUGCUUCAUGUGCUUUGUCUUUUUCUCUACUUUUCCUAAUCCCUGUGAUUAACAAAGUCACUAAGAGCAAAUAAGAAGUUAUUAAGCUUUUUACCUUAAAAGCUAUAGAGAAACAUAUUGAUGAUUAAUUGAAAGUCUGCAGAAAUUUCAUCUCAACUAAGCUGCAACAAAAUAAUGAAUAAGGUGACCACGACAUGGAUGGUGAGGAUGUAAACAUGAAUGUUAAUGACAAGGAGCUACAGAAUGAGUUAAACAACAACAAAUACUUAAAGAGAAUAAAAAAGAAGAACAAGGGAAAGAAAAUGAAGGAACUCAGCACUAACUUUGGCUCAACCCUCCUUAAGUUCGUACUUUUCCUGUGCAUCAUUGAAGGCUAUUUCUUGGCUAACUACCUGCUAAGUCAGAAGUUCUUGACUAGUGUUCAGGAUUUAACUUAGGAAUUGAAGUUGUUAAUAUCUAGAUAGCCUGUUCAGAGCUUCCUUUUACUAAUCUAGAAAGAACUAAUCUAUACUAAUGGCACUGCACUGAUUGAAGGAGAGAAGUCCAUAUAAUAUGUGCCCAAUUACUAGGAUUAGCUAUAUGAUGAAGAGGAGCAACUUCUUGACAAGUUCUCAUAGAACUAUGAUAGCCAUUCAUCCUCUUAUAAUGACGAAUUCAACAACAUCAUUUACUCAGAUGUGUGCCAGUAUGUGAAAUUUGACAAUCAAAGCUAAUGCGAGACUUUUAACCAGGGUAUCUUGAAGAAAGGUAUUUACUCUAGCGUUAUUAAGUACUGGGAUUUCAUCAGACAACUUAAUCACGACUUCCUCGAGAGUAAUAGAACUUCUUCCACCAUCAAGCAAUUUUUGAACGACUAAAGACUCCAAACUGCUGAGAAGAUGCAGGACUACUACUUCAAAAUUUCACUUUAACUGCUCGUAGAAAAACUUGAAGAGGACAUUCAAAACUUUUUUGAUGUGGAGUUUAUUCAAAAUAGAACAAUUUUCAUUAUCUACAUGAUAUACAUUGUCAUUCUAUAUCUUUUCAUCUGGAGAAAGUUUAUGACUAUAAUGUCAAAUGAACUAUGGAGAACAAAGACCAUGCUGAGGUAUAAUUAUAUUUUAAAUAACUAUAAAGUGUUUUGCCUACGAAAGUAUGCUUCGAGGUAAAGGAAAUCAGAGAAGUGA